CAGAGCUAACAGAGGCUUGUUAGCGCCACUACUUCCACAACAGUUAAAACAGUAGAAAGGAACAUGGAGAUUUCUUCCAUGUAACUGAGAAGUUAUGCGGUUGCUCUCUCUUGCACGAAGGCUCUACAAUGCUCGUCCGCUCACUUUUAAGCAUAUAAUUGGCUACCAGCAUCCUUCAUUGUUUUCCGCACGGCAAGUAUUAACGCGCCAUUUCUUUGAGGCAUUUCAUCAAACAUCUGCCAGACACUGUUCUACUAUACCGCCCAAGCCCCCUUUCUUUAGCUACAGCAAUUCCACUAGCUACGGAAUCAUCAAUUUCGAUAAGUAUGUGGAUAUAUUGCGCGAAAAAACUCAUAUUGAUGUUCACGAAUUUGUUGGGAUUGUACAAAAGGCUAAUGAUUUUGGUUCUGGAGAUGAAGCCAUGUUGUUUCUUGAUGAAUGUGGCGUUAAACCAAACCAAGACUUGGUCUUUUUGGUGAUUUGGGAGUGGAGGGAGCAGUGGAAGUUAGCUUUUUUGCUAUUCAAAUGGGGUGAGAAAUGCAAAUGCCUUGACGAAAAUACGUGGUGUUUGAUGAUAUGGAUUUUGGGUAACCAUGGUAAAUUCAGUACUGCUUGGUCUUUGAUCCGAGAUCUUAUUCAGAUGUCAACAAAUAUUCAAGAAAUGGUCCUCAUCAUGAUUGAUAGAUAUGCCGCUGCGAAUAAUGCUGGUAAAGCUAUACAGACAUUCCAGACUUUGGAAAAGUUUAGUAUGUCUCCUGAUCAGAGAACAUUACUGACAUUCUUGAAUAUUCUCUGUAAGCAUGGUUUUAUUGAAGAAGCUGAAGAGUUCAUGCUUAUCAAUAAGAAGCUAUUUCCCUUGGAAAUUGAUGGUUUUAAUAUUAUUCUCAAUGGAUGGUGCAAUAUAGUGGUUGAUAUAUUUGAAGCCAAAAGAAUAUGGCGAGAAAUGUCUAAGUGUUGUAUUGAACCAAAUGGUACUUCAUAUGCCCACAUGAUUUCUUGCUUCUCCAAGGUUAGAAAUUUGUUCGAUUCACUCAGACUUUAUGAUGAAAUGCAGAAACGGGGCUGGGUUCCAGGCCUGGAGGUAUAUAACGCUUUGAUAUAUGUAAUGACUUGUGAGAAUUGCGUGAAGGAAGCUCUUAAGAUUAUUGACAAAGUGAAACAUAUGGGUCUGCGUCCUGAUUCUAAUACAUACGACUUGAUGAUACGUCCUCUAUGUGAAUCAUCUAAAUUGGAUGAGGCGAGAAGUGUAUUAGCUCUGAUGGAGGAAGACAAAAUCAAUCCAACUGUUGAAACGUACCAUGCAUUUCUUGCAAGUGCGAGUUUAGAAGGAACUAUUGAAAUUCUUAACACUAUGAGAAAAGCUGGAGUCAGUCCAAACAGGGACACCUUUUCGUUAAUUCUUGGUAGGUUUGUGAAGUUGAAGCAGCCUGAAAAUGCAUUGAAGAUAUGGAUGGAGAUGAAGCAGUAUGAGGUAGUGCCCGAGUCUGCACAUUAUUCUCUUUUGGUGGGAGGACUUCUCGAGUGCAGGUUAUUUUCCAAGGCGAGAGAGUUAUAUGCGGAGAUGAAAUCAAACGGAAUUGAUGACCCAGGUCUCCGAAAGAUCUUACAGCCAACUGGUCCAAGAGGACAAGAAGUGAAAAAUCCUGAACAUACUAAAAUGGGGAAACUAGUGAAACAUGGGAGACACAAGGUGAUCAGAAGUGGAAAACCUAGAAGGUAAUAAAACGAUGGUUAAAACCCCAAUUUGCUGGGACCAGGUUAGCGGUGGUCUUGAUUGCUUCUAAAGAGAAUUGAUUACAAGCCCAAUUUGCCAAGCUAUUUUCAAGAUGGUUCAUAUGGCUGCCCCUAAGUGGCAAAGUAGGAAUGUGUUUGGCCGGACAUACAUAACUAGUUACAUGCUAUAUAUGGUCUGCCAAAACGAAACCGUUCCAAGAACAUUUGUAUAUUGCCAAAUCUGUUCAUUAUCGACCUUGGCAAAAUUGAGGUCAUCGCAUUGCCUUUCACUGGUUCAGCAUCCGAGAUGACAUCAAUGGCUAAUCAGUGCUGUUUUGUGUUCAUUCUCUAAUUUGACCUCGUUUCUAUAACUGAUGCCAGCACUAGACCAUGUCUUUGGUUCUUGGGUCUUUGUAUAAUCCAAGAAAGCAGGUCAAAUUGCUGUAGAAAAAGAACAUAGGUGAGGCCUUCUGAACUAAUAUACCAAGCAGUUGAUUUUACUAAGCUUGUUAUAGUGGAAGUAGGUACAUUAUUUAAGUCAUCCUACCCACAUUGGAUAUGGAGUUUUUACAAAGAGCUGCACUUCGAGUCAUGGGGACAGACUUCUCAUUGCUUUUGAGAACACAUACCGUGGAUUGCGGUAUUAGGGGAAUCGAGAAAGAUGGAGUUCCUAGUGGUGGAAUUUGCCUAAUAUAGUAGUUCUACUUUAUUACCAUCAAGAAAAUUGCAAAGUUGAGUUGAAUAAUAAUUCCCUCCCUGCAAUUUGCAACGUGAUUGAAGCGUGGCUAUACUGAACAUACUCAUUGAAUGUGAUGUUGUCCCUACCGCGUGCAUUAUUCAAAUGGCAUUAAAUUUUUACUAAAUU